AUUUUCUUAUUUAUAUAUUUUUAUAUGUAUUUUAUUGUUAAUAUUAAUAUUUUGUAUAAAUGACUUUUGUUGGUCAUUUGCUUAACCUUUCAACUGAUGAUAACAUUCCUUUCUAUUCUCAGAUUCUGUUAACAUCUUCCUACUUUCAUAAACCAAAGGAUUCUCGCCCUUCAAUAUCUAAAAACAAUUUCCUUUUCAAAUCUCUCGACCCAUUAAUUACUAAAUCUGACAUUAAAAACAUAAUCCUACACAGUAAGGAACUUUCUGAAUAUUUUAACAUAAAAGAUAAAAAUUUUGAAGUCACUGAGAAAGGACUUAAUCUGUACUAUAUUGAGGCUUUGAAUUCUGAUACACCUCUUCCUAAAGUUUUAGAGAUAAAUUACAAACCUUUCGCAUAUUCUAAUCCCAAUUCAUUUUUUAAAAAAAAUGAACAUAAAAAACCUUUAAGAAUUGACCAAAUUCAGCAAAUGUGUGAUGAGUACAUGGCCAAAUAUGAUCUCCAAAAUGAACUGAACAAGAAACUAAGACAAAAGAUAAUCACAGAUGAUGAGGGAUUCCAACUUGUUACAGCUGGACCCCUACCAGUAAAGGCCACAAAUUUGUCUACAGCUAAGAAAAAACGGACCAGAUAAUAAUCUACUGUGUAAAAUAUACUCAAUAAACUGUAUAAUAUUGUAAUUUAAACCAA